AUGUUCCCCCAAUUCAUCUCCUACCUCCUCAUUCCCCUCCUUGUCCUCCUCACCUUCCCAAUAAUAUCCUUCCUCUAUCUGACAUUCAUCCCACCUCUUCUCGUCAUACUUGUAUUCCUCCUGAUCUCAUACGCUAUCUUCUAUCCUGUAUAUGACCUCUACAAGCAUCCUCGUCUCAUCCCAGAUUGGCUCUUCAACAUCAAACGAUAUAUCCUCAACAGACCUCGAUUAAUACUGUUCAGAAUCGAAUUCAGUCUUCAUCUACGUACCAGAGAUGUCUAUCCGGGGAUGUACGAUCCAGGACCACCCUUUCCCUCACUUUGGCCUGAGGAAGAUACCGAUCGAUAUGGUCGAUUAAAGAGGAUUGUAAGAUUAGUGGGAGUGGCGAUUAAGCAGUGGAUUUACGAUCGGCUGGAUAUUCCUUAUGGGUAUUGCAAGGAGGAGAUCAUCGAGAGGAGGAAGAAGGAGAAAGCGGAGAGGGGAAGUAGAGGAUGGUUUAGUUGGAAGAAGGAUGAGCGUGGGUCGAUCGAUUGGAAUAAUAAGGGUUUGUAUGGGUAUGGACAUAUCUACGAAAUGAACGGCCCUCAAGCAAAUUAUGGAUAUCCACCAAUGUCAACCUCACCACCACCGCCACCUUAUACACUACAACUCAGAUGUACCUGCUCGACCACUUGCGAAUUGCAUCCUGUACGAUAUAUUCUCGAACAAGAGUCGAUUUUACCUAAAGGGACAAUCGUUAUUCCGUCUCUUAUGGUUCAAUCGUAUAAUGGAUGGAAUCAAGAUAAACAAUCCAGAUCAAUAUAUUGGAAUGGGGGAUAUGAAAGGUUUUGA